AAUCGCGUGACAACGCAGGUUCUGCCGUUCGUCCGUAGGCCAGAUAUUUAAAGCGGGACUCGAUAUGCGGCCCGUGAUAAUCACAGAAUCACUGUCAUCAUCAGGAGAUUCUUUUUACCGUUUUCCUCGAUUUCAAGAAGAUAUUAUGACUACCUACACCGAUAAAGGUCCUCAGCCCGUUGGAGGAAAGUUCCUCAAUUUCGACCAUAUAAAAUUCUGGGUCGGAAAUGCAAAACAGGCCGCCAGUUUCUAUCGAUGCAGGAUGGGAUUUGAGCCGUUGGGAUAUCGUGGCUUGGAAACUGGUUCCAGACAAACAGCCGCGCAUGUCGUGAAACAGAAUAAGAUCAUAUUCGUAUUCGAGUCUCCGUACGAGCCUAACAAUGAAGAAAUGUCGAAACAUCUUUCCCGACAUGGGGAUGGCGUGCGGGAUGUGGCGUUCAGCGUCGAAGACAUUGACACGAUCGUGAAGGUAGCCAAAGGGAAAGGUGCCAAAAUAGUGCGCGAUAUAUGGGAGGAGAGUGACGAAUACGGCACCGUGAGAAUGAUUACUAUUAGAACCUACGGAGACACGCUUCAUACGCUCAUCGACAGGACAAAGUACAGAGGCUUUUUUCUGCCGGGAUUUGUGAGGGCAUCGGAAGAUGUUCUUCUCAAACAAUUGCCACAGAUACAUUUGAAUUUUGUGGACCAUGUGGUGGGUAAUCAGCCCGACAAACAGAUGGAACCCAUUGCGAAAUGGUACGAAGAGUGUUUGCAGUUUCACAGAUUCUGGUCGGUGGACGACACACAGCUGCACACGGAAUAUUCUGCACUGCGAUCUAUUGUAAUGACAAAUUGGGAGGAGACGGUAAAGAUGCCGAUCAAUGAGCCCGCUCCCGGAAAAAAACGCUCCCAAAUCCAGGAGUACGUCGAAUACUACGGUGGCGCCGGCGUACAACACAUAGCUCUCAACACGAGCGAUAUUAUUACAGCAAUAACGAAUCUGCGCGCCAGAGGAAUGGAGUUUCUCAACGUGCCUGAUAGUUAUUACGAAAUGCUUAAAAAUCGUCUGAAAACCAGUAGCACGAAAAUCGUUGAAGACUUGGAUAUACUGCAGAAAUUGAAGAUAUUAAUCGAUUACGACGAGAACGGCUAUCUUCUACAAAUAUUCACGAAAAAUAUGCAAGACCGGCCGACGCUGUUCAUAGAAGUCAUACAGAGGCGCAAUCAUAAUGGUUUUGGCGCUGGCAACUUCCAAGCAUUGUUUGAAGCUAUCGAAUUGGAGCAGGCGAAACGUGGAAAUUUAUAGAAUAUUAAUAUUAUUAAUAUUCGUGUAGAAUUAUAUAUAAUAUUAUAAAAUCUUUAUUUCUCUCUUUCAG